CGUCAAAAUUGUCGAAACUAAACGAGUUUCACAACAUUGUUCCUGCGAAGGUAAAUUUCUAUAAAUAUCGCUAGAUUUGUAUCAGACGCCGGUUACUUUGCAUUUGAAAUUCGUGUGAUAAUGAGUAAAUUGGCGUUUGUAUUUUUCGUGUGCGCUGUUUUGAUACAGCAACAAAUUCAAGCCGACAUCGCCCUGUCAAAAUAUCAGCCAAAUGUCAGAGAUUUUUAUUCCAAUUUGCAAGGAAUUACAUCAAAAGUGAAUUCAUUGCAAAUCGUUGAGCCAAAAAUUUGUAAUCGAUUACGAGAUCGUCUUCAGGAGAAUUUCCGAAGAUACACCGGCUAUGUGAAUGAGGAUAAAAAGAAAAUUGAAGAUACCAUUCAAAAUAGCAAGUCGGACAAAGUAAAGGAUGCGACGGAUGUUGUAAAAACCGCAUACGACACUGUUUCAAAUGAAUUCAAAAAAAUUUCCGAUGAAGCCUCAACGAUGAUUUCGGACAAAUGCAAGCAACUUGGAUCGGGUGACACACUGAAAACAAUCAGUCAGGCAGUAGCUGAUCUUAAGGUGAAACAAAAAGAAGCAGCUAAACAAUUGGCCGAUCUACCAACCAAAUAUACCGCAACAAUGCAGUCCCUUCAAGCGCCCAUCGAAGCCAUCAAUGUUAAAGUGUAACCGAAUAAUGUUGGGCAUGAUAGAAGAAAAAUUCAUUUUUUUAUUAAUGCAAUUUUUACAAUAUUGAUUGAAUCUCAGAAAAGAGAUUGUGAAUAAAGAACA